CCUGUGUCUGUCUGUGUGUCCCCAGAGAAGGCGUAUGACAUCACAUACGUAAACCUCCGCUUCUACUCCCCCCGCCCGGAGAGUUUCGCCAUCUACAAGAGGUCGACGGAGGAUGCGCCAUGGGUACCCUACCAGUUCUACAGGGUAUCUUCUACACUCUCUGAGCCUCUAGUCUCCGGCACUUAUACUCAUAUGACCUUAUUGUGUUGCAAGUGCCGUAAAACUCUUUCAAAAGCAACUAAACCAAACUGGUUCUCUCUCCCCCAUUCCCCCCCAGGCUCCCAGUCCUUGCAGUGUGAUGACAGCGGUCAGUGUCCGUGCAAGCCCGGGGUGGGUGGACAGAGGUGUGACCGCUGCCUGCCAGACUUCUACGACUUUGGCGAGUACGGGUGCAGGCCAUGCACGUGUAUGGCGGCCGGCAGUUUGAACAACGAGCCUCGCUGCGACUCACAGACCGGACUCUGUCAGUGCAAGGAGAAUGUGGACGGGCGGCAGUGUGACAAAUGUAAGCCAGGCUUUUUCGGACUGAGCCCGGAGGACCCGUUUGGCUGCAUCUCGUGUUUCUGCUAUGGCCACUCGUCCGAGUGUACCUCGGCCACAGGAUUCUACCCGGCCAACAUCACCACGGACUUCGACACAGGUCGCCAGCGCUGGAGCGGCAUGACCCGCAGCAACAAAGAGGUGGAGACUCAGUACAACGGCGUUGUGGAGAACCUGGGGCUAUCCUCUGAGACCGGGGAGCCCACCUACUUUGUCUCUGCCCCUCAAUACCACGGCGACCAGCGACUGAGCUACAACCAGUUUCUGACCUUUGACCUGCGCAUCGGCGAGGAGACGGCCCGCCCGUCUGUGGUGGACAUCAUCCUGGAAGGUUCCGGAAAGUCCAUCUCCACGCAUAUCUUCGCCCAGGGCAACCCCGUGCCUGAUGUGACUGUCCAGACGUUCGCCUUCAGACUCCACGAGAACCCAGAGUACCAGUGGUCGCCCCGCCUCAACCCCGUCGACUUUAUCGGACUUCUGGCCAACGUGACCGCUGUCAAGAUACGGGCUACGUACAACGAUCAAGGUGUGGGAUUCAUUGACAACAUCCACCUUGGCACGGCCCGCCAGGGUUUCAACCAGGGGUCGGAGGCCACGUGGGUGGAGUCGUGCGUGUGUCGCGAGGGACACAUCGGCCAGUUCUGCGAGGCGUGUAGCCAGGGCUACAAGCGCGACACGCCUAAUGGAGGACCCUUCGCUCGCUGUGUGCCCUGUCAGUGCAACGGUCACUCAGACAGCUGUGACGUCAGCUCGGGUAACCUGUGCGACAUCUGUCUGGAUGGUUACUACGGCGACCCCACCGGUCUGCUGACCGGGGUACCCAGCAGGUGUCAGAAAUGUACCUGUAACGGGAACAUUGACCCCAACGCUGUGGGCAACUGUAACACCACCACCGGAGAAUGUCUGAAGUGUAUCCGGAAUACGGGCGGGUUUUUCUGCGACCAGUGCCUGCCCGACUUCUACAACAACACGCUGGGUCAGUGCACGGCGUGUAACUGCUAUCCGCCCGGCACGGUCAGUCAGCCGGGGACGCGCGGCUGUGACGUGCGCAGCGGCCAGUGUCUGUGUCUGGACAACGUGGUGGGCCGACAGUGUGAGCGCUGUGAGCUGGGCUACUGGGACAUUGUCAGUGGACAGGCCUGUGAGUGUGACCGUGUGGGCUCCAGCAACUAUACGUGUGACGAGCGCUCGGGACAGUGCCAGUGCAAGGACGGCGUGGCAGGACGCAUGUGUGAGCGCUGCGCCGACUACUUCUUCGGUCACUCCGAGUCUGGCUGUAUGGCCUGUAACUGCGACCCGUCGGGCUCCCUGGACCUCCAGUGUGACGUACAGACAGGCUACUGUGAGUGUAAGGAGAACGUGGACGGGCCGCGCUGUGACCGCUGUAUGGAGAACAAGUACGACAUCGCUGCCGGAUGUCUCGACUGCCCGCAGUGCUACAACCUGGUCCAGCGACAGGUGAACACACACCGCGGGAAGCUGCGGGAGCUGACGGUGGUCAUAGAGCAGACUGUGGACAACCCCAGUCUCUUCAACGACACCGAGUUCGUGUCUCACCUCAACAAGGUGUCCAUGGCUAUAGACGGUCUGCUCAGAGAGGCCAGGGGGGCUUCCACUGGCGACGGGACAAUCGGGCAACAACUGGAGGCCCUGCGUAAUUCUCUGGCCGAUGUGCUGACCAAAUGUGGCCAGAUUUCCCGCAACAUCGCCUCGGCCGGCCAGGCCACAGCGGAGAGCCAAAGUGACAUUGACGCUGCGGAGGAGGCCAUCGAGCGAGCUGACGCGGCCUUAGCAGUCGCCAGGAGCUACAUCGACGACGAGGGCAGGGCGGCGCUCAAACAGGCGCUAGCCGCUCUGGCAAACUUUGGCCAGAACUCUGAGCAGAUGACAGAGAUUGCUCGCCAGGCGGCCAUGGAGGCUGAUAGGCAAAAAGAAGAGGCCCAGAUGAUCGAGGAUCUGGCCAACAAGGCCCUAGAGACGUCCCGCGAGGCAUACCGCCUGGCCAACGAGUCUCUCAACAUGCCACUUAGAACACAGCAGGAGAUUGAACGACUCAGGAGAGA